AUGUCGCUGCUGUUUCGGCAAAAAUCAAAAGUGGUAUCCUCAAGUGUCGAAAAAAAUGAGAACGACUUUCCGGCUGCAUCGUCUCCGGCCAAGGUACUUCAUCCUCUUUUGAAAACGCCGGAAAGCUACUCGGACAUAUCCUUUGCGGUCGCCCGUCCCAGUUAUACCAAAUUAUCGGAAGGAUUGCGAAAAAAGACACCUGCGGCCAUCGUUUGCCGUGCUUUCUGCGGCGGCAGUAAAUGCCGAUAUGACACGUAUGAUCGGUGGUCCGCGGAAGAUAUGGCCGUCGAUGGAAUUUUUUCCCAUUGGGUGACUGAUAAGAUCUUGGCGAUGGCACGUCCGAACUCGAACCUUAUUGAGAAAAAAGACAUCGUCGGCCAGUUCAUUCGAUUGGGAAUCAAGACGAUCAUCAAUCUGCAAACCGCAGGCGAGCACGCACAUUGUGGCCCACCACUUACACCAUCCGGCUUCUCCUACCUGCCAGAAAUCUUCAUGGAUAAAGACAUAUACUACUACAACUUUGGAUGGAAGGAUUAUGACCACGGUUCGCUGGAGGGCUUACUGGACGCCGUGAAGGUGUUGUCUUUCGCCGUAAACCAAGGAAAAGCAGCUGUUCAUUGUCACGCAGGAUUGGGUCGAACUGGUGUGUUGCUCUGCUGCUAUCUAAUCUACACUCUUCGAUGGCGAUCCGUUGAAGCCAUACGAUACGUACGACAGAAGAGACCCAAUGCUGUCCAAACAUCCAGCCAAAUGAUGAUGAUUCAGGAAUUUGAACAGUUCCUCAUAAACUGCUCCAGCGUGUUUAGCCUCAGCAAAGCUGAUGCUAAGACUACGAGUGCCAAACAACCCUUCACUCUUUUGCAACACUUGGAUGAUCAGAAGGAGGUCCUCCACGGCUACGAAGCGAGAGCUUUGCGUUACAUUCCAAAGGUUAUAUACGUGAUAUGCGAGCGGUUGUUGUUCCUUUGCCGGGUCGAUCCGUUUCCUACGCUCAACUAUUGGUUAGACGAAAGUCGACCGCCUUUUAGCCGCUCGUUCUUUUGUUUCGUUGACAAUCCGAAACAACUGACGUACCAAGCGUCUGGACAUGAACGAUGGGGAACUGUGGAGAAUUUGAGAUUAGCCGAAGAACCAAAUGGAUCGGAUAGUAUCCUGUCGACCGGACAAGGAAGUUUUGGCUCCGCUUUCAACUGUGAUAAUACCCAGGUUAUUUUUGAAGAAGUAAUUAACAGCCUAUUGGCUAACCCGCCAGCAGAUUUGUUGGCCCAUCCAACAGUUCGAGACUAUUGUCUGACAUUGGACGGAGGCCAAUCUGGCUGGAAAUGUUUGUCAUCCGAGAAAGAGCCUAAAGUCUUGGCCAGGCUACUUUGGCAUUGGCUCCUGCACCUGAAACAACCUAUUUUCACCAACGAGGAAUUGAGUAAUGUAGUAGUCUACGCCGACAAGCCAGCCAUCUGCCUAUCUCGUUUCCAUCUUGCUACUCGCUACACCGUUGAAUAUUUGUUACGUUUCACGCAGCGAUUAUGUCCAACAUCGACUAAUGCUCGGCUCGAUCUGACUCGUCGUCUGGCCAGCGUUCUGACGCAACAGGCUGUUGAGAUCCGUGGAAUUUAUUUUCCGAAUGACGGCCGGAAGAGAUUGGGCCAAGGAACGUUGACCCAGCUGCUGCAUUUCCUCACAUCAGCAAUAGACUUAUUCGCUGAAGCUGCCACGAUAUCAGAUGAUUCAGCUAGUGCAGUUCAAGAGUGAUGGUUUGUAU